AUGGAAAACAAACUCCGCCUAGCUCCAAGUCAAUUACAGAAGUUUUUAAGCUCUAAAGCAGGAGAAGCUUUACAACAGCCUCCUUCAAAUGGAAUGCAUCAAAACACUAAAAUGGAGCCAAUACAGUCUUCAAAACCAAGCAUUACUGAAGAAGACCCGGACGAAGUCUUUGAAAUUCUGGAAUGAAUAGGCAGAGGCAGUUAUGGAGAGGUCUACAAAGCUAUCAACAAGAAAACAGGAAUCACAUAUGCCGUUAAAAAGUGAUUAGUCAGUGCUGACUAUGAAAGCCUCAAAAAGGAAAUCAGAAUCCUUAGAGAAUGUAAAAGUAGAUAUAUUGUUGGCUACCAUGAUAGUUAUAUUAAAGGCGAAGAGCUCUGGCUUGUGAUCGAAUACUGUAACGCAGGCAGUGUUAAUGACCUUAUUAAAUUUGCUGACCACAACCUCACAGAGACUGAAAUAGCAACUAUAAUAAAAGAUGUCCUGAAAGGUCUUGAUUAUAUGCACAAAAGAAAAAUGAUCCAUCGCGAUAUAAAAGCUGGGAAUAUUCUACUUAACCGCGAAGGUCUUGUUAAAAUUGCAGAUUUUGGUGUCUGCACUCAAAUUAUGAAUACUUAUGACAACAGUAAGACAAUGACAGGGACUCCGUGAUGGAUGUCUCCUGAAGUACUAAUGCAUUCAGAAUAUAACAAAUAAAACAGACAUCUGGUCUCUUGGAAUCACAAUUAUUGAAAUGGCGGAGGGAGAUCCACCGUACUCAAACCUCCGAAUGCAGAUGGUAAUGAAUAAAAUCAGAAAUGAUCCUCCAAGAGGGCUUACGGAUCCUCAUAAAUGGAGUACAGAGAUGAAUGACUUCGUGUCUAAGUGACUAACCAUUGAUCCAAAGGAAAGGCCGGAAGCCUUUGAGCUCCUGAAUCAUCCAUUCAUUGAGAAAAACGCGGCUGGAUCAAGUUUACUUUCUGAACUAAUAGAUAGCUUAAUAGAUCAGAUCGAAGCUGAAAGGCAAAAACAGUUCACAGAGGAGGAGAAUGAGGAGACUUAUAAAGCUGGUGAUACAUAUCCUAUCUACGAAAAUGACGAUACUUUUGUAGAUCAUCGUGCUAAGGGUUCUAGUAAUUCCAAAAAGGGAUCCUCUAAAGAGCCUGAAAAAGAGCCAUUUUUCAUGCAGCACUUCAAAAAUAAUGGAAUCGACUGAGCUGAAGAAGACCACAACAUAGGCAAAAAUUAUUUUGACAACUUCAAAGAAAAGGGGAAGAAGGCUUACGAGCAAUAUCUCCAGAAAAUGGCAGAACCAAAGAAGGAAAGUAAUUCUGAACAACAAGACUGCUUUAACGACUCAGUCCGGGAGGAUAAAACUGAAGAAAGUAAAGGAAAUAAUUUUAAUUUGAUCAAUCUUAAAUUUAAAAAUAAAGAAAUCCUUCCUGAGAAUACCAACAGCAGAAGGUUUAUUGAACCUGAUGAUGAGGUAUUCUCCUCAGUCAAGCUACUGAGAGACCCUAAUGCUGCCGAAAAUGAAGAUAUUAACGGGUCUACAGAGGAGAGAAAAGUCACAGUUCCUUAUCAAAACUCUAAUGUGUAUAAUAAUCAGAGGAAGAGGAUAGAUAUUUAGAGAAAUGGCUGCUCAAGAGUACUCCAGCAGUAGCGAUAGUUUUGGAUGAAACAGAGAAGUUAAAAAUUAUAAUGACCUUGCCAAACCAUUCAUAAGUCCCAAAAAUAGCGCCAAAGAGACAGAAGAAUACGAGCAAGAAAGUGUGAGGGCUAAGAUAAAUUACCCUCCUCAGCCUCGUAAACAUUUCAGGAAAAUAGCUCUAGAAACAGGACGAAAGGGUGAACAAAAAGAGAGUGAGGACCAUGACCAGCCCAUCAAAACAGUUUAUCCAGAUUCUUCAAGACUUAACAGAGCAACUGCAGCAGGUCCUGAUGAGUCUUUAGAUACCUCAAAGGCAAAGAAAAUUUGUGAAUCUCUAGGAGAAUUCUCUAUUGAAACCCUACAUGAAGCCUUAGCCAGUUUAGAACUGGACGAAAAGAGAGAAAUUGAAAAAACCCAGAGGAAGUUUGGGAAGAUGAAAACAGCCAUCAUCAAGGCUAUUGAGAUGAAAAAGUUUAUGUAA